AAUUUUUAAAUUUCGGUUUCUUCAUGCUUUAUUCUUACUCCUUUACUGCGUUUUUCAGUCAAUCAUUUUGCGUCUCAAUCUAAAUACUACAAGCUUCUUUGCUUGCUUUUCGCUUUUCCAUUUCCAGAAGCAUAGAAAAUUCAAAGCUUUUAACUCCCCCCCCCCCCCCCCACUUUUACUCUUUAUCCCAUCCUAUUCGGAAUUUAAGUUAAAUGUUCGUUGUACGUUUAAAAUAGUCCCACCUAAUUAUAUGUCUCAGGGUGAUCAUACAGUUCUCAAAUUGAGAGCCCACUAACCCCAAUUUGACUCAAACUCUAAUGAUUACUAUGUGCAGGUUUUGAGGAUUUCACCAUUACGUUCUUGAGCUGAGAUGGCAAAAUCAUCAAUCCAUGAUGAAAAUCAUGAUGUGGGCUAUAGGCCCUCGGUUUAUUCUGUGGAUCACAAUGAUCACUUAAGCAGAGAAACUCCUGAAAACUCCCCACUGAGUGGUGAUUCUCUCGCAUACUUUCCAAGUGACUCUGAGACUUCAAACUUCUCAGAGCCUGACUAUGGCUAUUCCAGUGAACCUUUGCCUUCUCGGUGGCCAGCGUCUAAACCCCGAGCUAAUCUAGCUGGUGUUUCUGGGCUACCAGUGAAGCAGCAAAGGAAUUCAUUAAGUGAUAAACUUGAUGAUGACCAAGAUCUCUUAUCUUCAGAGCUUGAAAUGAUGAAGGAGAGAUUUUCAAAGCUUUUGCUUGGGGAAGACAUGUCUGGUAGUGGGAAAGGUGUCUGUACUGCAGUAACCAUCUCAAAUUCCAUCACAAACCUCUAUGCCACUGUAUUUGGACAAAAUUUGAAGUUGGAGCCUCUGAAGCCUGAGAAGAAGGUUAUGUGGAGAAGAGAAAUGAAUUGCCUUCUGUCACUUUGCGAUUACAUAGUAGAAUUUGCCCCAACUGCACAAUACUUGGCAGAUGGAACAGUCGUGGAGAUGAUGACAAGCAGACCAAGAUCAGAUAUUUAUAUCAACCUCCCAGCUCUGCGGAAGCUUGAUGCGAUGCUCAUUGAAAUCUUAGAUGGUUUCUAUGAUUCUGAAUUCUGGUAUGUGGAGCAAGGGAGCCUAUCAGGGGACUCGACUCGUUCGCGUGCCAGCUCAUUUCGAAGGAUUGUUCAGAGAAAAGAUGAGAAAUGGUGGUUACCAGUUCCUUGUGUUCUCCCCGGUGGCCUAUCUGAUAAGUCAAGGAAGCACUUGAGAGAGAAAAGGGAUUGUGCUAACCAAGUCCAUAAAGCUGCCAUGGCAAUAAACAAUAGCAUUAUCGCAGAGAUGGAUAUCCCAGAAACAUACAUGGCAGGUCUUCCCAAGAGUGGAAGAACAAGUUUGAGAGAUUCGAUGUAUCGCUUUAUGUGCAUUCCAGACAAAUUCUCCCCUGAGCACCUUCUUAAUCAUCUCAAGAUAAGUUCUGAGCACGAAGCAUUGGAGCUGGUGGACAGAGUUGAAGCUUCAAUGUAUGCAUGGAGACGUAAAGCUUGCCUUAGCCAUUCCAAAUCAUCAUGGAGCAAAGUGAAAGAACUCAUGUCUGAAUCUGACCGGAUUGACAAAAACUACAUGUUAGCUGAGAGAGCUGAGACUUUAUUAUUUUGCUUGAAGCAAAGAUAUCCUGAACUUUCUCAGACUUCCUUGGACAUAUGCAAGAUUCAGUACAACCGAGAUGUAGGGAAAGCAAUACUGGAGGGCUACUCAAGAGUGUUAGAAGGUCUAGCAUUCAACAUUGUGGCUUGGAUUGAAGAUGUUCUUCGUGAAGAUAAGGCAAUGAGGAAGCAAGGUACAUAGAAAUUCUAUUUUUCUGGUUAAUUGUAAACUUCAAGAAUGCAGAGAGUUUUGGAUGAUGAUGAUGAUAUGAAAAGCUUCUCACUUUCAUUUGUAUGAUGAAGCCUAAAUUUUAGCACUCAGUAGAAGGAUUUAAGCCAUAUUUAUAUCAACUUUUUGUUGAUCA